AUGGCGUCCGGUCCUGCCACGGACGGUGAAGUCUUACGAGACAAGCCUGAGACUGGUCACCAUGUUGACGCUGAUACUAGCAAGACGAAGAAGAAGGUCAACUGGAUGGGGGUGCUCGGCAACAGGAAUGGCAAGAGUGGUCAUCCUAGCAAUAGGACAUCCAUGUCGGACUUCUCGGGAGAAGUACAGAAGAAGCCAGCAAGAUGGACAAUGGGCAUGCUGAAUGACUCGGAAACCGAAGAGGUGCCUGGCUCGAUUUUGCUGCUCUCCAAAGUGUCAGAGUACAAUGAGCCUUUGGGUCUGCGAAAUGCACCAGCGCGGACGUCUGCUUCUUCGCUGCCUUCUCCAUACCCACCAAGUAUCACGAGUUCGAUCAGAAGACGUCGGCGUAUCAUUCCCGAGAAGAAGCGAACAGCAGAUGGGAACAUCGUGCUAGAACCACAACCAGACGACAGUGCCAAUGAUCCGCUGAAUUGGGCUGUUUGGCGGCGUGAUCUGGCUUUGCUCUCCCUCGGGUUCUAUUGUAUGGUCGGAGGUGGUAUGACGCCCAUCCUUGCUGCUGGUUUCAAGAGUGUGGCUCGUGACUACGACAUCACCGUGCCUCAGGUCGCUCUGACCACCGGAUUGUACAUGAUGGGUCUAGGCAUUGGAUCUGUCAUACUAUCGCCUACUGCCAUCCUGUUCGGCAAGCGACCAGUCUAUCUUGCAGCGGCAAUCUGCUUCAUCCUUACCUCGAUCUGGUGUGCGCUAUCGCCAGACUUUCCAAGCCUGAUUGUGGCACGUAUUUUCAUGGGCAUAGCAGUCUCGUCUGUAGAGUGCUUGCCUUCCGCCACGGUGGCAGAGAUCUAUUUCCUACACGAAAAGGCCUACAGAUUAGGCAUCUACACAUUAUUGUUACUAGGAGGCAAGAAUUUGGUACCGCUGGUUAGCGCAGCGAUCAUACAAAGUCUUGGCUGGCGCUGGACCUUUUGGAUCGUGGCUAUGGUAGUGGGAUUCGCAUCGUGCUUGCUCUUUUUCUUCGUCCCAGAGACAUUCUGGGACAGAGCUCCGCUACCUCACAAGCAGUCAAAGCGGAAGCACAGCCUGCCAGACCUGUUUCACGUCCACUCAUGGAACCUCAGCCCUGGUGUUCGCAGGAAGAGUGGAACGGUCCAAGCCGAGCAAGAUGAGAUCACGCCAGUCACUCCACAGAAACAUGCUCAUUUCCAGACGGAUGAUGAUGCAACUUCCGAGAAAGAUGAGAAGGCCAUCAUGAACGAGAACGACCAUGUUGGCGACAACGAGAAGGCUGUGCUCGCCGAUGACGAUACUGCAGCUGCUGCACAACCUGCGAAUCUGUCCCAGACUGCAACGACCGACUAUUUCAGUCACGCUCAAGCUCCACUAACAGAUCUCGAAGCUCAAUCUCCGUCAUCACCACAUGAACUCGCUCGCCGCCAAUCUAUCGAAAGCAGCCUGCACGGCCCUCCACAAAACGCAUACGUAGAACGCUAUGGCCCUGCCCCAGCCAAGACCUAUCUGCAGCAACUCAAGCCUUGGUCGGGCCGCCUGUCACCUGAUAAUUGGUUCAAGGUUGCUCUACGCCCCUUCAUCCUCUUCGCCUACCCCGCCAUCCUCUGGAGUACACUUGUCUACUCUCUCUCCAUUGGCUGGUUGAUUGUACUUUCGGAGAGCGUGGCUACGAUCUAUGAGAACCAGGCUUCGUAUAAUUUCUCCGCAUUACAGACUGGACUGGUAUACAUUUCGCCUUUUGUCGGCGGUGUGCUGGGAACAGCUGUGGCUGGCAAAGUAUCUGACAUCAUUGUUCGAGCCAUGUCGAGACGUAAUGGCGGCAUCUACGAGCCUGAGUACAGACUUGUCAUGGCCAUACCUAUCCUGAUCUUCACUUCCAUCGGUCUAAUGGGGUAUGGCUGGUCAGCGCAGGAACGCGAUGCUUGGAUUGUCCCGACGAUAUUCUUUGGCUUCAUUUCUUUUGGAUGCUCGUUGGGUAGUACGACGGCCAUCACCUUCGCUGUCGACUCUUACCGACAGUAUGCUGGCGAGGCACUGGUCACGCUCAAUUUCAGUAAGAACGUUCUUCACGGCUUGGUCUUCAGUCUGUUCUUCAACAAGUGGUUGGAUGCGGAAGGCAGCAAAGACGUCUUCAUUGCUAUAGGAUGCAUACAGGUGGCCUGUCUCUUGACUACAAUACCAAUGUACAUCUACGGCAAACGAGCUCGCAUGUGGACGUGGCGCAGGAAGCUCAUGGAGAAGUUCUGA